GAAAGGGUGGAGGGAGGAGAGGUAAGUAUAAAAGACAUGCUCAGAGGAAUUAGUCAAUAUUCCUGAGGAAAAAUAGACUGACUGAUAUUACCAACACUUCUCACUCCAUACUUAACUAACGGCAAAACACCAACGAUGAAGAGCCUUUUUCGGUUUUUGGCGGUCUGUGCUGUGCUCUCACUCUGCGUCUGCCUUGGUACAGGUAGAGCCACUCGUUCAAAUUCAGACUCCAAUGAAAGUACAGAAUCCAAUGAAGAUGUGUUUGUGGCCCCGAGGCGAGCAAAUGCCUUCAUCAUGCCUCAGAGAAACACUGCAUACAACCUUCCAAGAGGAAACGGCCACAGCAGUUACUUAAUGAGUCGCAGAGUAAAAUCUCCAGCUGAGCGACGUGCAGAGACCUGCGAGGAUUACUCUCCCUGCCGCUUCUUCGCCUACCACCACGGCUACCAGGUGGCCUAUAGGAGAUACUUUGGGACCAGCACUCCACAGAGGAGAGCAUUUGCAAACCAUCGAUACAACACACGCUAUUAAACCAUACAACGCAAAAGAGUCUCUGACAUCUGGAUAUGCGUUGGCAGCACACACAUUUCACCAUCAGGGAUUUAUAUACAGUAUAAGAUAAAUGAAAAAUGAUGGACUCAUCUGGAUGGAAUCAUUUUUUUAAAUGAUUUAUGUAGCUACAUACACCUUCAUACUCUGUCAUUUGUAUAAACGCACAAUGACAUCUUUAUUCAGUGAUCCCAUCUUUUAAUCAUUUUGAAGCUAUAUGUGUAAUUUUUGCUCCCUACAUAUUAUUCAUGUGCUCCUUUAUCUGCACUUCAUUAUUAUCUACGAUCCACCCGCAGCGCUGCUGUCAGUGAGAAAA